CCUAGCUUUCUAGAUCAAAGUCUAAGUUAGAAAAGCAAAAUGUUUGCGAAGGCCAUAGUUGCAUGUGCGCUGCUGGUGGUGGCACAAGGAGGUUUGAUAUCUGCCCCUCAUGGCGCCAUCUCCUCUCAAAGCAUUGUCUUGGGUCACCCAGCACCAGCUGUAGCUGCUGCACCAGCUUAUGGAUACGGCGGUCUUGGCUAUGGACUAGGUCUAGGUCACGGAGCAGUGGUUUCGCACGCGCCGAUCGUCCAUGCACCUUUGGCCCACGCCGUUGCCCCUGUUGAAGUAUAUGCCCACCCCCGCUACCAGUUCAAUUACGGUGUUGCCGACGGCCACACUGGUGACCAAAAGAGCCAAUGGGAAUCACGGGAUGGAGACGUUGUCAAGGGUCAGUACCAGCUAGUCGAGCCUGAUGGUACCAUCCGCACUGUCAACUACUCUGCUGAUGACCACAACGGAUUCAACGCGGUGGUGAGCAGGCAAGGUCACGCAGCUCAUCCCGGUCCCGCCGUCGCUGUAGCGCACGCUCCCAUCGCAUUAGCCGGGCAUGGCGGUCUUCUUCAUGGAUAGACGACGAUAGUCUACUUAGGAUAAGCUUCUAACGAUAAAUGUAUGCUUGGUUAUGGUACAACGAACGCUUAAGGCACAGCGUUUCAUAAGGUGUAUCUUCUGGGACGUAGGCCCAAAGUCAUAUCGCUCCAUUCGAGUCUUGACUAUUGUAUUAUAUUUUCUAGUAGUUUGUAAGCUUUCAUGUUUUUCAUUGUUAUACAUUUUAUGAAACGUUAGACAAUGCCUACGGGGUUCUGUGGAGGCUCCGGUUAAUACUCGGUGUUAAAUAUAUUUUUUUCAUACA